UUCGCGGCGGCCAUUUUAUUCCUCCCGGAGACCCGCUAAGAUGACAGCCCGGGAGAAGGUGAAGGUUGUCUCUGGCGACCGGCGGCCCGGCUAGAUCCAGCAGCGAGGCUUCCAGCAUGGAUCUGCACACAGCGGUGUACAAUGCGGCGCACGACGGCAAGCUGCCGCUGCUGCAGAAGCUGCUGGCCGGCCGUGGGCGUGAGGAGCUGGAGGAGCUGCUGGGUGAGGUGGCCGGCGGUGGCACGCCACUGCUAAUCGCAGCGCGCCGUGGACACCUAGACGUGGUGGAGUAUCUGGUGGACCACUGCGGCGCCAGCGUGGAGGCGAGCGGCUCCGUGCACUUCGAUGGCGAGACCAUCGAGGGCGCGCCGCCGCUCUGGGCAGCGUCGGCCGCGGGUCACCUGGCCGUGGUGCGUAGCCUUCUGCGCCGAGGCGCCUCGGUCAACCGCACCACGCGCACCAACUCCACGCCGCUGCGCGCCGCCUGCUUCGACGGCCACCUGGACGUGGUACGCUACCUGGUGGGCGAGCACAAGGCGGACCUGGAGGUGGCCAAUCGCCACGGCCACACGUGCCUUAUGAUCUCCUGCUACAAGGGCCACCGCGAGAUCGCGCGCUACCUGCUGGAGCGCGGCGCACAGGUGAACCGGCGCAGCGCCAAGGGCAACACCGCCCUGCACGACUGUGCAGAAUCUGGCAGCCUGGAGAUCCUACAGCUGCUGCUGGGCUGCCACGCGCGCAUGGAGCGCGACGGCUAUGGCAUGACCCCGCUGCUGGCCGCCAGCGUCACCGGGCACACCAACAUCGUGGAGUACCUCAUCCAGGAACAGCCGGGCCACGAGCAGCUCUCAGGGACAGAGCUUCCCGGGGAAGGCUCCUCCCAGGUGGCAGGAAACCACUGCUCCACCCCAGAAGAAGCAGAACCGUAUGAGAGCUGCUGCCCUACCAGCCGGGAAGCAGCUGUGGAAGCUUUGGAGCUGCUGGGUGCCACCUACGUGGAUAAGAAAAGGGAUCUGCUUGGAGCCCUGAAGCACUGGAGAAGGGCGAUGGAACUCCGUCACCAGGGUGGAGGCUACCUCCCUAAGCCGGAGCCCCAGCAACUGGUUCUGGCCUAUGACUAUUCCAGGGAGGUGACUACACCCCAAGAGUUGGAAGCCCUCAUUACAGAUCCUGAUGAAAUGCGGAUGCAGGCGCUGCUGAUACGGGAGAGAAUCUUGGGCCCCUCACAUCCUGACACUUCAUACUACAUACGGUACCGGGGUGCUGUCUAUGCGGACUCCGGGAAUUUCGAGCGCUGUAUCCGUCUGUGGAAGUAUGCCUUGGACAUGCAACAAAACAACUUGGAGCCCCUGAGCCCCAUGACCGCCAGCAGCUUCCUGUCGUUUGCAGAGCUCUUCUCCUACGUGCUGCAGGACCGCUCGGCCAAGGGCAACCUGGGCAUGCAGCUUGGCUUUGCCGACCUCAUGGGUGUGCUCAGCAAAGGGGUUCGGGAAGUGGAGCGGGCUCUGCAGUUGCCCAAGGAACCGGGUGACUCCGCACAGUUCACCAAAGCCAUUGCCAUCAUCCUCCACCUUCUGUACCUAUUGGAGAAGGUGGAGUGCACCCCCAGCCAGGAACACCUCAAGCACCAGACAGUCUACCGCCUGCUCAAGUGUGCCCCUCGCGGUAAAAACGGCUUCACCCCACUACACAUGGCGGUGGACAAGGAGACCACCAACGUGGGCCGGUAUCGUGUGGGCGUCUUCCCAUCGCUGCAGGUGGUCAAGGUGCUGUUGGACUGCGGAGCAGACCCUGACAGCAGGGAUUUCGACAACAACACCCCACUGCACAUCGCUGCCCAGAAUAAUUGCCCGGCCAUCAUGGAUGCUCUCAUCGAAGCUGGGGCCCACAUGGACGCCACCAAUGCCUUCAAAAAGACUGCCUACGAGCUGCUGGACUCGAAGCUGUUGGCUAAGAGCACCGUGCAGCCUUUCAAUUAUGUGACACUGCAGUGCCUAGCUGCCCGUGCCCUGGACAGGAACAAGGUCCCUUAUAAGGGCUUCAUCCCAGAGGAGCUGGAGGCCUUCAUCCAGUUGCAUUGAGCCUAGCCCAGCUGUUGGUGCCCACUUGGGCCUUACUCCUCCAAGCAGAAGCAUCCAGGCCCUAUGGCCUGCUGGAGUGAACCCAGCUGCUGAUUCUAGAAGCCUUCAGGGUCACAUGGUAGGAAGACGGUCUUUUUUUCUGUGGAAGUGCAAAAACAAAAACCCGGAUGCCUGAGCCUCCCCAGUGGCAUGCUUCUGUCUGGGUCUGGAGGCCUCUGCACUGUCCUAGAGUCCUGCAGUGAGCAAAGCUGUCUCCUUCCUGUGGUGGGCACUGACCACCUAGAUGUUUGCAUUUGGUUUUUCCUUUUCUAAGCAGAUGGGCAGCAGCCUGGAGCCCAUGUUGUGAGGGUUUUUCUGUCUGUUUUCACUGGUUUCUGUUUGUUGGACUUAGUAAUGACUGAGUUGAGAGUUGCCAGUAUUUUGCAGUGGCCACAGCUGAGAACAGCAUGAACUGUGUGUGCAGAUCUGUGACCAAGAUCCUGGGAAGCCUCCUCAGUUCUGUGCUGAUUAGAGAGAGGACUAUCUCCCAAGAAAGCCCAGAGCCAGUUGCAAGAGCCACAGCCAGGCAGACACUGGUGCCUUCUGUCCCGCCCUCUGGAUGGACAGACAGUUCCCAACCUUGGGACACAGCUGGAACUGCCAGGCAGAUGGUGACCAGGCCACCUGGCCACCAGGUUCACAUCUGUGCCACACUUGUCACACUGUCACCUUCAUCGCUGAGGACCUGACCCCUCUUUUGUUGAGGAGUCCCCGGUAUCCCAAUAACUUCUGGGGAUGGGCUUCUAACCAAGAUAGGGGAAGGUGGGGGGCUGCCAGCCAGGGUAGCGAUGGACCCAUGUGGUACUAGCUUGGCCCACGUGAGACCCUGUGUGCAGCCCCAGAACCACAAAAAGUUACUGAACAGCUGCCUAUGACUCCACCAGCUCUCGAUUCCAUCAUAUGUGGUGAGUGGUUCACCCUGGAUUAGGCCAAAGCAGGAGGUACUCAUCCCCGGCCGUAGAAGCCAGCUACAUGGAUAGGAAGUCAUGUGUAGAGGGGCCAGUCCCUCCCUCAGCCAUUUAAGCCACAUAAACUGUCCCUUGAGGACCGUCAGUGUGUGAUUGCAGUGCUAGGUAGAUUCUCUGUAUAAGCAAACUUUAGGCCUUACUGGGCAGGGUCUCGCUGCUCCACCCUGCCAAAGCUCAGGGCAAACAUGAACCCCUUUGAGUCUUGGCACUGAUAUUUAUGGAUUAAAAUGCAGGUAUGUGAAGAUGUCUGCCUAGCUGUUAUUUAAUGUAGCUAGGUAGAGCGGGAGCCAGGUGAGUGCCUGUCAAGCAUGCGUGGUGGCACACACCCAACAUCUUAGCACUUCCAGGGCUGAGGCAGGAGGAUCAUAAGUUGGAGGCCACGGGAGUAGACAGUAAGUUCAAGAAUAGCCUGGGGGUAUUGUAAUAAGAGUAUUUUAAGACUCCCUACCCUCUCAAAACUGUCUCCUAUGAAGUGUAGCACUAGUGAGCAUUUACUGAGUCCCUGCUGCACCCCACGUGCUCAAAUGUACCACCUGGUUCACAGCAGCUGCCUUCUGAUGGAACCAGUACCAUUCAGGUAUCUCAGGUGGAGCAAGUUCAGAGAGGUUACACUAAUGGUGUGCCUGGGGAGGGACACAGAGCACAUGAGAAAAUAUCAGACUCAAACCCUCUGUCUCAGUGGCUGACAUGUUUAGAUCCACUCCCCUACCUCAGCACCUUGAACAUAUAUCUCAUGGGUCCUUCCAUAACCACUGACUUCCGACCUCAAAUUUAAGAGGAACAAUUGUUUGAACCCCAUGUUCUUCAUGCUGUCAGAAUUAGGAAAUUUGACCUGGGGCCUGAACAUUCUUCUGGGAGGGUUAAUACAGCGGGUCCCAGAGGCUGCCUCCAGCCAGGUUCUUCCUAGGUGGAACAGCAGGAUCAAAGAACAGAUUCCUGCCAAGCCACCACAGGGCCCACCCAGCCUUAACUCUAUGCUACCUGUAAUUGAACAGGCCUGUGUCACCUGUGUACUCUUUAGCCAAUUACAGUAGCCUGUGAAUGGGCUGCAGUGAUUUUAAAGACUAAAGCAGGGUAUUGUGGGUGUGUUCUAGAGGCAGAGGCAGGUGACUCUUUCUGAGUUUAAGGUCAUCUUGGUCUACGUAGUUCUAGGAUAGGUAUAACUACUUAGACUCCCCCCUCACCCUCCCCCCCCAAAAAACAAAAAGAUUAGUGCAGGAGAGACGGCUCAGUGGUAAGUGCCUGUGAGACUCCAGUUUAACCCCUCAAUACCAUAGCAAGUGGGCAGAUUAGACUGGGAGCAAGGGCGGGAGACAUGCCCCUAACCAGCUCUGGCUGGUUCUCUGGUCUCUAUUCAUGUAGAUAGCACAGCCCGUUCCUGUGGUGCCACAUGGCUGUACCAGUGUCUGGUAUUUCUAAGUAGGGAGUGUCCUGACCCCAGGUUAAACAUAGCCCAGCACAGAACCACCUCACUUGGCACUCAGUCAGAUCUACAGAGGGCCCAGCAGGAUGAAAGACAGCACAGCAGGUGUGGGGCAGAGUCUGGCCUGCACUUGCAAGGCUGCAGAGGAGAACGUGGGCCUGGCUCUGCACAUUUGAGAUGCCACCCUAGGGGCUCCCCACCCUCAGCCCUCAUGACUUGUUAAAUCCUGUCAAGAAGCAAGCUUGAACCAGAUGUGCUGUCUGUCACACACCGUCAGUCCCUGAGCUCGAGAGGCAGAUGGACAAAAACAAGCAACAAAUACCAAGUGAGCUUGAUUGACUCUGACCUGCAGAAGCCUUCCUAGAUCAUGAACUGCCUCCCCAGGGUGCUUCCCUCACAGCCAAUUGCUUGUUUGCUUUUAAAAUUAUGUGUGUGUGCCAGAUGUGAUGGUACAUGCCUCGGGCAGAGGCAGGUGGGUCUCUAUAAGUUCUAGGCCAGCCUGGUCUACAGAGAGUUCCAGGACAGCCAGGACAAGCCCUGUCUUGACCCUGCCCCCCAAAAAUGUGUAUGUGAUGGGGUGUGUGCAUUUGAGCGCAGGGCCUGCAGAGGCCGCGUAGGUCCGUCUCCCUGGAGCUGGAGUUAUAGUGGACGUGAGCCACCUGAUGUGGGUUCUGGGAAUCUGGGCUAACUGCUGAGCCAUCUCACCAGCCCUUUGCUCUUAAUCUCUUUAGGCAGAGUUUCAUGUUGUCCAAGCUGGUCUUGAACUGCCUCCUGGCUGAGAUCACUGCCAUGUGACAGCGUGCUCAGUUUAUAAAACUGACCGUGUUCACAUCUAUAGAUCAGUGGUUUUUAGAGUAUCCUCAGAGCUGUACAAUCAUUGCCAUUUCCAGAGGUCCCCCCAGAAGUUUAUUUCAGGCCUGGGGUGCAGUCAGCAGUAAACAUUGGUGAGCAUGGAGCCCUGGGGUCUACCCCAAGCCCUGGGAAAAAUACUUUUUAAAAACAGUAAAGUUUGCUUAUAGAAAAAAAAAAUCUCAGUAGUGGCAGAUGACUGGGAUGAGUGAGGCUGGAUCACCAGCAAUAAAAUUAUGAGACUACAAAAGUCAGAAUGUGAGAGCUACAGAGCAGUGGACACGGGGCUGGCCAGCAUUCCAGCCUGACAAGUGGGCAUUGACCAGCCCACAUCUGGUGAAGGAUCUGAGAACCCCUGGGGCAAGAGUGGUGGACCUAAGUCUUCAGGAAGAAGAAAACCCCUUUCACUUCCCUGGGAGUCUGAUUGCCUUCCUAGACUGCUUAAGUGCCUGGUCCACAGGACAGGCUAAAAAUAAAAGCCCCACCCUGGCAUCUGGCAGGAGACUACCCUCUUUGGGCACCAACUCCAGGCAUAACAGUGACAUUCAGUUUCACCUUAUAAUCUUGGAGACUGACUCUACCCUCUCUGCCUCAGUUUUCCUGCCUGCAAGAUGUGGAAGGGGCAUUAUGCCCCUCAGGAAUGCUAGCUGAGUGACAGCUGUUGCUAUCUUUGUCCCAGGGCUGGAAUUCUCACCAGACAGGCAGGGAGUGCUCAUGAGCUCAGGCUGCUGCCCAUGGUGCCUCCUGAUGGAAAAGUCUUCAUUGCCCAGCUACCUUGGCAUCCCCCAGCACUUCCCACACCCCUCAACAUGUCAUGAUCGGCACGAAGCCCAGGUUGAACUCAAACUCACUGUGUAGCUGUAGCUGAAGUUGACCUUGAAUCUUGGAUCAACUGAGAGUGGAGUCUGGGGUUUCAUGUCUGACAGCUGAGAUCAGCUCGUUGGCCUAGUGUGUGCUCCCCCUCCAUGCUAUAGAAACAUUGGCUUCCCUGGGUCUCUGAGAGGCUCCAUGCUUACUUCCCAGGCUCUGCUCUCCCUCCGUCUUCCAGGAUGCCCCUCUAGGAGCUGCCCCAGAGGACCUAGGAUGCCCACCUCCUCAGCAUCCCCACCUCAGGUGAGUAAAGCUCUGAGCUCACAAAGGUACAAGCAGGAACCACAGAAGGCAUCUUUGGCAUACAGUAGAUGCUGAACACACUUGAGUCCAUCAUGAGGGGGUAAUAAGUCUCACCAGCAGGAAGAGAACAGCGGCCAAGAUGAUCAGAAAUCCAAGUUAAACAUCAGUUGAAAGUCAAAUGUUAAAAAAAAAAGUCAAAUGUUUAUUGUGGGAGCUGAAUGACUGGAGCAUAUGGAGUUCUGGUUGGUUGGUUGGUUGUUGUGGAUGUUUCUGUUUUUUGGAAAUAGGGUCUCACUGUGUAUCCCAGGCUGGCCUGGCAUAAAUUUUAGGGUUUUUGUUUGUU